CUGACUUUUUACAUAAUAUUUCCUUGGUAUACGGGAAGAAUUAGUUUGGCUUUGUUUUAAUUCAGAAUAAUUUGGGCUGGUGUUUUUGAUGAACGAGAAUGACCACCAAGACAAGCGUGUAAUAUUUAUCUUCUAGGUACGGUACAUAAUUACCAGAUUUAGCCUUUCAGGAGCUUUGUGAUGGGAUGGCAUAUCAGAACCAAUGCUGGUUUUACUAUAAUAACUAAGAUGAGAAAUGUAAACAUUUAUCGGAAACGGGAAAUGGAUCCUUGAAAACAGUGCAAAUGGGCAUAUAAUCAGUCUCAACAUAGUGGUCCUUGGGUGCCUGAAACUAUCACACCAAAAGGAAAGGUGACGCAAGGAUAAAGUAUUUUAUAUAAGAGUCUCUAUCCAGGUCUGCACUGCUACAAAAUAGUUAUAUUACCUGUAAAUAUUCGAUUAGAAUUCGAUCUGUUACUUAUAAACCUUUGUCUGACUAAAUCAGGUGGCGCUGUUGAUCACCCCCAUAAGCUUCACAGAUAACUGGAUUUUGUAGCUUUGUAUAUAUAUUGCAGCUGCUUCCCCCAAAUAGAUUUGUACUUGUGCCUCGGAUAAUGGAUCGCAUUUUUAUCUGCCCUGUUUGUCAGCUGCUGCUGAGGGAUCCAGUGACCCUGCCGUGUGGACAUUCUUUCUGCAAGUCUUGCCUGGGAGGAACGCUGCCCUGCCGAUGCCAGGUCUGCAGGGAACGGUUAAAGCCCAUGGACGUGCGGACUCCCAGAGCCAAUGUCAUCCUCUGCUCUGUGCUGGAGAAGUGCUUUAACAGAGAAUCCAAGGUGGCCAAACUGCAAAGUCAGCUGCAAGAAUACCUCAGGGACAAACAGUACAAAGAAGUUCUGGAGAUCACAAACAAACUAAUUGAAUUGGCUCCUGAUGAUGUCAUGGCGAGGGUCUCUAGAGCUGAUGCAUAUGUUGCUCUGCAGCAGUACUCCGAUGCUCUCAGAGAACUGGAACUGGUGUGUUCACAGAAAAGUGAGUGGCCUGAGGGGUUCUUCAGAAAAGGGAAAGUUUGCCUUGAUCUGGGUAGGCAGGUGGAUGCCUUGGCUAGUUUCCAUCAUUGUCUUAUACUUGACCCAAUGUUUAUACCAGCACAGAGGGCAGCUGAAAAGAUUCUAGGAAAAGAGGCCUGUUCACAUUGGGGAUCAGUGGAAGAACUGCUAGUUGCUGCCAAACAAUACUUGAAAAGUUCUUUCUCAGGGACUGAGUCUGUGAACACUGGAGCAAAAUCUAUUUAUCAGGAGGAAAAUCAAAGUGCAACCUCACAAGAGAGGAAGGACAUUGAUGUAGGAAAAUCUGUACUGUGUGCAGAUUCUUGUCAGUCUGAGAAGUUCAACUCAUCAUGUUCUUCUACCAGAGGUCAAAUGAAGAGAAAAGUGUUUGGAGAUCCAUCAGACCAGCAAGAAGGAGCCAUAUAUGAGGAGGUUGACUCUGAAAGGGACAGGUCUGCCAGCUCUGGACCUUUGUCUGCUCUAACUGUAUCUGAUUUUGAGUGCUCCCUGUGUAUAAGAAUGUUGUUUGAGCCAGUGACAACUCCAUGUGGGCACACCUUUUGUAAGAAAUGUCUGGAACGCUGCUUGGAUCACAACCCAUACUGUCCACUCUGCAAGGAGAGCCUUUGUGAGUACCUGAAACACAGGCAGUAUAAUCAAACGGUGCUGCUAGAACAGACAAUGACAGCUUAUUUUCCACAAGACUUGACAGACAGAAAACAGGUCUAUGAUGCUGAAAUGGCUGAACUCUCAAAUUUGACCAAAGACAUACCGAUAUUUGUAUGCACCGUGGCUUUUCCAGGCAUUCCCUGUCCAUUACAUGUUUUUGAACCUCGUUAUCGACUCAUGAUGAGAAGAUGCCUGGAAACAGGCACAAAGAAAUUUGGUAUGUGCAUCUAUGAAAGAGGAAGAAGUUUUUCAGAUUAUGGUUGCAUGCUUGAAAUUAUGGGAAUUGAAAUCCUGUCUGAUGGACGUUCUUUUGUUGACACAAUUGGAGUGCGUCGAUUUAGAGUUUUGAGAAGAGGACAGCGAGAUGGCUACAACACAGCAGAUAUAGAGUACCUGGAAGAUGAGAAGGUGGAAGAUGAAGAACGACUUGUGUUACAGAGCCAGCAUGAUACGUUGUAUCAGCAGGCCCAAAGCUGGUUCUCCAACCCAAACAACACCUUCCCACAGCAGAUCAUCUUGCACCAUGGUCCACUGCCAGAGAAAGAGACCACCAUUCAGGUUUCCCCAGAUGGACCUGCUUGGUGUUGGUGGUUACUAGCUGUUUUGCCUCUUGAUCCUGCUUAUCAGACUAUGGUUCUGUCUUCAACAUCUCUGAAGGAGAGACUUGACCACUUACAAAAGGUUUUAGAUGCCUUUUCACAGACUCAGUUUUAACAGAAGUACAAUGUUAGGAGGGCCUUGGGGAGCUUUGCACUUUUCAGAACCUUUUUCUUUUGCCAAUAAAUAUGUAGCUUAUGUCAAGUUAUUUUUACAUAUCAUGGUUUAGGGAAAAAUUGCAUUUUAGAAAAAAUAUGUGAGCAGUUUGUGUAGCUCUUUCAAGUGAUUUUCAGAAUAUUGAAAAUUUUCAGUAUCUGAAUUGGAAACUGGUGUGAGUGUAUAAUAUUUUGAUAACUGGCUUUCUUGUUAUAAUUGUCCUUAUCUGGAAUAAUUGUGGUGUGGAAAUACUUCAAAGUGCAAUGCAUCACUGCACUAAAUCAGAAAUUUCUUACUUUGAAAUUCCAGUUAUUUUCUAUGUGUCAACUGUAAUUAAUGGAAGAUCUGAAAAAGCUGAAACUGGAGAUCUUAUGUGUUUGCCCAUGUCUUAUCAUACGUUAAAGACAUCAAUCUUGCUGUUUAGAAAUGUAAUUUGUUGCACUUUGACUCAGGUGGAAGGGUUUUAGCUGGUGAAGCUGUUUAGGAAUUUCUAGUGCUAACACUGCUGUGUGAUUCUGAACUUGUGUUGCCAUAACUGACAUUUCAUUCAAUGAAUGUAAUGGUAUUAACAUAUGGUAGCAGGAUGGAGCAGAUUUACAGGCUGACAAAAUUCUCUUUUGCUGAGUGAAUUCAAAAUUGAUUUAUCAGAUUUCUUUACAAGUGUUUUUGUAGUACCUCUUCAUUUCAUGUUGAAGAGCUUUAUUGCUUUAACUGCUGAAUACUAAAAUCUUUAAACCAGUAUUCACCGUAAGUGAAUAUGACCACAUGCAUGCUGUAUAUAGAAGCAGAAGUUGAACUGACACCAUAAGACUUUUCUUUUGAGUGUUAGGAGUGUACGUUUCAACUGACAAAGAGGCCAUUCUACUGCUGUUAUGGAUUAAUGGUUAGGCCUCUUGAGCUGUAGAAGGUAGUCAUAAAGCAUUGAAAAAGAUACAUAGAAAAUCAACAUGGUUAAUAAACAGUGAUUCAAGAAUCACAUGAUAUGUUCUAACCAGUCAGCAAGGACAAAAAAGAAAAAAAACAGAAAAACUACUAUUGUUUUCACAGUUUAUGAUUUAAUUUACUUUAAAAUAUAAAAUACUUAUAUAAAAAACAAUAAUGGGUGGGAUGUCUUCAGCCUUCAUGCCAGUUCUGCAGCCCCCAAAGCUCAGAACGUAUGUUUCUAAAAUGAUGCAUAGAGAUGGCCAUUAAUGGGUGCCAAGAUAACCAGUGUUCUAACUGUGAUUACAAGAUUACCAUAUAUCAUUUUCACUGAUCACCAUUAAUUGGACUAGUAUUUAUUAAUGGAUCCUACAAGUCACUUCUACAGUCUUCCUGGGACAUGCCUCUAUGACUUUUUUGUUUAUCUCAGGUUAUGAAGUUCUGAAGAAGUGUUCUCAGGGCUGGCAUCUUAUUCUCACCCAGCAUUUUUAAGACUGAUGCUAAGUGUUCGGGUUCCAGCAUAUGUCCAGAUAUGUUGUUAAUCUCAUGGCUAGCUUUUUUUUUUU